AUGACAUCUGUACUAAUAGCGUGCUUUGUAUUAUUACUAAUAUUGUGUUAUUAUGUUAUGGAAACAAAAUUCAAGUACUGGAAGCAAAGAAAUGUACCUUAUCUGAAACCGUUGCUGAUUUUUGGAAACUAUAAAGAAUACCUUACGUUGAAUAAAACAAUGUUUAGUGUUGUAAAUGAGAUUUAUGAACAGUUUCCUAAUGAACCUUAUGUUGGAGCUUUCUAUGGCACAGAACCUACACUUAUUCUACGAGAUCCUGAAUAUAUUAAGUUAGUGCUGGCUAGGGAUUUUUACUACUUCAACAGCCGGGAAAUUGCAAAAUAUACUAGCAAAGAAAUUUGGACUCAAAGUUUAUUUUUCACAUAUGGAGACCGAUGGAAAAUCCUACGACAAAACUUGACCCCUAUAUUCUCAUCAGCUAAAAUGAAGAAAAUGUUUUAUUUGAUUGCCGAAUGUUCCACGCUGUUCGAAGAAGUACUGGAGAAGGAAAUGCAGAAGCCUAAAACCGAACUAAGAUCUGUAAUGGAAUGUUAUACUAUAGACUGCAUAGGAUCCUGUGUCUUUGGUAUCAAUACCAAUACUAUGACAAUAAAAGAAGAUAACCCGUUUAUUCAUAUAGCUAAAAAACUUUUUGAAUCAACUACAUCGAGAGGAUUGGGGUUGAUUGGGCGGGCGGUUUGGCCAAAAAUAUUCUAUAUACUGGGUUGCAAAGCCUUCCCUUUGGAAAUCAACAAUUUUUUUAAUCAACUUAUUAAGGGUGUCUUUCAGGCAAGAAAUUUUAAAGAGUCAAAUAGACACGACUUUGUGGAUAUUAUGUUAAGAUUCAAAAGAAAUGCAUGCCUUACAGGCGAUACAUUAACAAAACAUAAAGAUGAAUCUGUAAAAAGAUCAGUACUCAAAAUAGAUGAUGAUUUACUCUGUGGUCAGUGUAUUUCAUUGUUUGGGGCUGGGUUUGAAACAUCAGCGACUACGCUAAGUUAUAUCCUGUAUGAGCUUGCAAAACACCCAGCUGCUCAAGAGAAAGCCAUAAUUGAAGUUGAUGAAUACUUCAGAAAAAAUGAGGAGUUAUCUUACGGAUGUGCUAGUGAGAACCAGUACUUAGAAGCAUGCUUCAGUGAGACAUUGCGUAUAUAUCCGUUAGUUGGUGUAUUAACGCGGGAAUUGGUAGAAGAUUAUGUAUUACCAUCUGGAGUGUCGUUAAAUAAAGGUGUAAGGGUUCAUGUACCAGUGUAUAGCCUUCACCAUGACGCAGAUUACUUUCCAGAACCAGAAGUUUUCCGACCAGAAAGAUUUUUGGACAAGGAUAACAUCAGACAGUAUACAUACAUGCCAUUUGGAGGAGGACCAAGAAUAUGUAUAGGUUUGAGGUUCGCCAAAAUGCAGGUGAUGGCUGGUUUACUGACUGUUCUGAGGAAGUGCCGAGUGGAACUGGCUGAUGGUAUGCCAAGGAGUCUGGAAUUUGAGCCGAGGGCUAUAACGACUCAGCCCAUUCAAGAAAUACACGUAAAACUAAUACGUCGAUAG